GACUAAGAUUGAGACUGGGACUGGGACUAGGACAGGCACUAAACCUGGCAUUGAGACUAAGACAGGGACUGGGACAGGCACCGGGACUAAGUCUCGGACAGGCACUGGGACUGGGACAGGCACUAAACCUGGCAUUGAGACUGAGUCAGGGACUGGGGCAGGCACCGGGACUAAGUCUCGGACAGGCACUGGGACUGGGACAGGCACUAAACCUGGCAUUGAGACUGAGUCAGGGACUGGGGCAGGCACCGGGACUAAGUCUCGGACAAGCACAGGCAUAGGGACUGGGACAGGCACUAAGCCUGGCAUUGAGACUGAGUCUGGGACUGGGUCACUGACCUUGGUUUUGAGACUGACGGUGAAGCUGAUACCGGUUCUGACACUGAAAAUUGCUCAGUGUCACGCCUCGUUUUGUCUGCUCUUUAAGCCAUUUGUUGCGGGUGUUAUUCGUUGCACUGCUGAGAGGGAUGAAGUUAUUUAAAGUUACUGAGCCAGUGGUGAGACUGCGGCUGCUGAAUGUGUAACGAGGAUGAAUUUGAUGCUGUGCUGAGUGAAUUCAAUAUAGUCAUGGAAGAUCUCUCCUGCUCUGCAAAGAAUGGUGUUCAGUACGAGGAAUACUUAAAUCAAAUGAGAAAGAUAAGUGCUCCCAGUGCUGCUGACAGUGGAAUUGAUGACUCGGAGAGUAUGGCCUCAUCUGCUGGCAGCAGCUUAAGCUGUAGUAUUGAGAAACUGAACUCUGUGGGCACAACAACAUCCAAAGUCAGGUUGGUGUGUGAUCUGGAGCAAAACCUGGAGGCUGUGAUGCUGUCCCCAAGCACGUGCUGCCCUUGUUCUUCUAGCUGGCAGAGGUUGAGGAUUUGGGAGGUGCUGUCAAAGGACCCUUGGAGUUGCUGCAAUGCAUCUUUUUCCAGACUGCUCUUGUGAAGCACCUUAAGAUGUUUUGGUACGUUAAAGGCG